AUGUCUGAGAAUAUUGUGGUACAAUUACUCCAAAAAAACACUCCUUCUAAUAAUGGUGAAGAUGUUAUUGUAUCCGGUAUUACAGAAGAUAGGAAGCAACAGCCGCAACGGUUUUAUCAACGUAAUACUAACAAUGUACUCCCAAGAGUUGUGCAAAUACCUCAACAAAUAACUCCUAGAAAUUUACCACCUAACACUGUUGUCGUUACACCCAAAGUAACUGUCACUAAUCAACGAUCGAGUAACUCUGUCUUUUGUAAUUCUUCAUUGAAUAUCAGUAGUCUUAAACGGCCUCUUGAUUCAACUGCUCAAUCUAAUGAAUUUACAUCAUAUUAUAGAAAAUACAAUAAAAAUCCUGAUAAGUCAAAAGGUCUACGACAUUUCAGUGCUAAAGUUUGUGAAAAAGUUAAAGAAAAGGGAUCAACAAAUUAUUCGGAGGUUGCCGAUGAAUUAGUAAAAGAAUAUUUUGAUUCUUUACCAAGUCCUCCUGUUUCACAUGAGAAACAACAAUAUGACAUGAAAAAUAUUAGAAGGCGUGUUUAUGAUGCUUUAAAUGUCUUAAUGGCAAUGAACAUUAUUGAUAAGGAACGCAAACAAAUAACAUGGGUUGGCUUACCAACAUCAUCACUUCAUGAAUGUAGACGUUUAAUGGAUGAUAGAGUUCAGCGACUAGAGAGGAUAGCCAGAAAACGUGAACAAUUGUUAGAGACUAUGGCACAACUUGUAGCGCAUAAAAAUCUUAUAAAUAGAAAUAAAGAGUAUGAAAAAAGGAAUGGUCAUCCAGAUGAAAAUUCAAUAAUUGGUUUACCAUAUAUUAUUGUAAGUACAAGUAAAGAUACAACUAUAAAUUGUGAAAUAAGUGAUGACAAGACAGAAUAUACGUUAAAUUUUGAUUCUCCAUUUGAAAUUUUGGAUGAUAUUGUUGUUCUCAAAAACAAUGGUCUUUCGCUUGGUCUAGAAAAACCAAAUCCAUCAAAAGAAUUGGUAGACAGAUGUAAAUCUUAUUUACCUGACUCUGUACGGACGGCUGUUGAUAGAUUGCUGACACCUCCUGACUUUGAAGAUCGGAGUAUAAAGAUUGAAAGAACAAGUAGUACUUUUAAGUCGCCUCAAAAAGUUCCUGUCAUAAGAGUUCCUUCGGUAGUUCCAACGGUUGUUCCUUCAACAGUUCCUAGGAGACCUAUCUAUAGAGUGAGAAGAGAAGGAAGUACAAUAAGUUUAUUUCCAUUAAAAACAACAAUAAAACGUUAA